AGGUAGGAAGGUAGGUAGGUACCUACAAGUUCAUUUCAUUGCGUGACCAUUCAUUCAGUAGCCGCUGCCGUAGGCGUUGGGAUACCGAAAGUGGCAUAAAUUACAUCAACCGGAUUGGUCUUUCCCUUUCCCUUGAGAACUGAUACAUUUUCCGAUAGUCUUCACGGUGUAGGCAGUGUGUCGUUUUCGCAGUAAUGUGAUUAAUCCGAACUUUCAUCGAUUUGUACCGCCGCAAACUCUCCAUUCGGGUUGUGUGACUUCUGCCGAAUGCCAUCUAUCAAACUGUGAUUGGUUUUGUUUGUUUUUCGUCGCAUUUGCGUGAGUCAUAUUCGGUGCAACGAGGGCACUGCUCGCCGUAGGUAAAUAAAAUCCACACCGCUCUGUUGCUUCGAAUACGAAGAAGAAGCAAAGACAGUCACACGGCAAAAUUGUCAACAGCCAACCUGCAACGAUGACGAGCGGAAUUUCGGCCGUAUUCUGGCGAUUCUUUCACUGGGGACCGCUGACGGCGAUAACCAUCAUCAAAUCGAUCACCUUCAUGACCCUGUACAUGAAUGCCAUGUGGUGGCCACCGAACCGAACCUUCGGUGGUUUCGUCAACCAAGCCGUCUUCCUCAUCCUGUCCGCUAGUACCGGGUUCAACUUCGUGAUGGCAUCCCUUACCGGGCCCAAGUUCCUGCCGCUGCGGUGGCGCCCGAAGAAUCCGGAAGAAGAACAGUUCCUCCAGUACUGCACUGGGUGCGAGGGCUUCAAGGCACCCCGAUCGCACCACUGCCGGAAGUGCGAUCGCUGUGUGAUCAAGAUGGAUCAUCACUGCCCGUGGAUCAACCAUUGCGUCGGUUGGGGCAACCAUGCGUACUUCACGUGCUUCCUGGCGUUCGCCGUGGUGGGAUGUAUCCACGCGACGGUCAUUCUGUGUGCGGCGUUAUACGCUGGACUGCACCGGGAUUGGUACGUGUACUACGGGCAGUAUUCGAAGGCGACUGUGUACUUGGGACUGUGGAGCCUAAUCCUGGGGGUGUUCAACGUGGGCCUGGCAAUCGGAGUGAUCAUAGCGGUCGGGAUGCUGCUGUUCUUCCAGGUACGGGCGAUUGUGAACAAUAGAACCGGAAUCGAGGAUUGGAUUCUGGAGAAGGCACGGCAUUUGCGGGAAGGGACUGAGGAUCACUUUCAGUAUCCGUACGAUUUGGGCAAGUGGAGAAACAUUAAACAGGUCGCCAGCUGGACGUGUUCACCGAUUGGCAAUGGCACAGAGUGGGCGAUCGCGGAAGGUUGCGAUCAAUUUACGUUGACGCGUGAACAACUACUGCAGAAAUCGGCGAAACGGGCCAGGACGCGUACCUACACCAUUCUACGACCGGUUUCUGGCAGUUGGGUUCCACUGUGGUCUCAGGGAUGCAGAGUAUGUCUUAGUCCACCGUUGACGGAUGAGUCGCGAAUCAAGCUUGAAGUUGGGGACAAAGUUCGAGUGACACGAUGGCGGAAACACUGGCUGUUCGGAGAGAAGAUUUUCGAGGAGUUGGAGCAACCGAAAAACGAAACCAAGAAGGACAAGAAGAGGAAGCAACAACAACAACAGUCUGAACCAUUACCGGAAACGCACAAGCCACCCCGGAUACGGGGUUGGUUCCCGCGGCAAUGUGCCGUCGAACUAGUCGAAGAUGAAGACGACGCCGAGCAGCAACAGCACUUUACCGAGAAGAAGAAGAACAAGUAAAUUAUAGCUAUUGACAUUAGGGCUUUUAGCAUACUUUUACGUGUCAUUUGACUUGCUGGUCCGUGGUGGGAGAAGGACGAACAUUUUUAAUUAAAAAAAAAAAGUAUUUUUGGUGUAGCAAUUAGAUGCGAAGCUCUUGCUGCUGUUAUUAUUUUACGAUAACAGAAAUAAAUGUGUAGCUACUGUUUUAAUGGCUUGAAACUUUAUUUGCUUGCAUAUUGUAA